AGAGGGAGUUGCUGAAUUGUUUACGGUCGACAGCGCACGCGCAAGUCUGGCUACCUGUUUGAACCAACCGUACUCGCGGUGUGUUCUACAACAAGUGAUUUGAACUGGUUCUGUUCUACGUCCUUAUGUGUAUAAGCCCAGUGUUAAGAGUUCGGUUACGAGGUAAGAAGAGACGAGAAAUUCAUUGUGAGGUUACCUGACAGCUGGUAUUUGGAAAGAAAGUGGUGUAGAAAUGGGUACGCGCACGUCACGACACGUUAAGUCUGUUGCCCGCGGCAUCGUAAUGGAAGUGACAUUUUGGUUGAUAUUCAGUGCUGCUACUACCACGUGUCAGCCAGUUCAGACCCUUGAUGAGAUACUACAAAGUGUGGGCAGGGAGGACAGUUUACUGAGGGCUGAUCUAGGGAGUAUCUACGCAUUCACACACAAGGGCUGGAAUCCUCAUAUUGUGGAAAACGAGGUUCCAGCCCAUUUGGACACUGUGAACCGCAACCCGAGGUUGUAUGUCGUCGUGGAUGAUCGAGAGGACGCUGAACAGACCAACACCACUUCCGUCCCAGGUUCAGAAAACAAACGGGAGGUUGAUCCAAGGUCACUUGUGUGGUACAUGGCGUCAUUUGGUGGCCUGGUCACCUUCUUCCUGGUUGUUAGCUGCUCUGAGUGCUGUUGCUCCAAACGUACACAAAGAACGCCAAACAGCACAUCCAGCGCUCGUCCUGCCGAACCUCCCGCAGAAGUAACGCAGUGGCUCAACGAAACUCCUCCACCCCCAUAUCAUCUGUUUGCACCUCCAUCCUACGAGACCCUGUUUUAUGAGAGUGUUGGUGAAACUAAGAAUAAAUGCGAGGUUUAUGUAGUGCCUAUUCACAGUCACGUGGUCACAGUGCACAAUACGUCCAGUAGUAUUCCAGCUGAGCCCAGAUAGCGAUGUCUGAAUCUGAUGAAUUCUUCUAAGAGACUUCUGAAUAGCUGAUCAGCUCACUGACUGAAUUCAGGUUUUGCACUUCAGAGCGAAUCUUCAAGAACUCUGUUCAUAACGUACCAUGAAAAAAAUAUUAUCAAUAUUAUGAUUUGUGGGCUUAAUAUUCAGGAUGUGGUCCAUUCUAUGGUUUGUAACUUCAGAAUUCGUCAACAUUUCGCCCUGAGGCACGAGAGAUAUCUGUGGGACUCACAUACAUUUCGCUCUGAGGCACGAGAGAUAUCUGUGGGACUCACAUACAUUUUGCCCUGAGGCACGAGAGAUAUCUGUGGGACUCACAUACAUUUUGCCCUGAGGCACGAGAGAUAUCUGUGGGACUCACAUACAUUUUGCCCUGAGGCACGAGAGAUAUCUGUGGGACUCACAUACAUUUUGCCCUGAGGCACGAGAGAUAUCUGUGGGACUCACAUACAUUUUGCCCUGAGGCACGAGAGAUAUCUGUGGGACUCACAUACAUUUUGCCCUGAGGCACGAGAGAUAUCUGUGGGACUCACAUACAUUUUGCCCUGAGGCACGAGAGAUAUCUGUGGGACUCACAUACAUUUUGCCCUGAGGCACGAGAGAUAUCUGUGGGACUCACAUACAUUUUGCCAUAGAAUUCAUUAUGAAUGUCUAUAGUCAUUUUUCAUCCACUGUAAUAGGUACCUUGGUCAGUUCGCUGUAUUAUGCUAAGAAUAUUCACGAUGCAUGUCAGCCAGAUGUGGCUGAUAUCUGCAUUUCACCACUUACAAUGAACAAAACUUUCUGAGCAAUGACAACCUCGAGGGCUGGCGUCAUCAGAGAUAUAUCAAGCUGCUGAGUAAAUGUUAUUAUUUGAUUAUUUCCAUCAGAAGUACGCGAUCUGUAAGUGAGGAAAUCUUUGAAUGCUUCGCGUUAAAUGAUCGCAGUUGUCUAUAACUGUCGAACGUGGCGUGAAAUUUAUGAAAUGUUUUAAGGGGGGCGCAAGGUAUAAAGGUUUGGAAACCUCUGCUCUAAUGUAUUAAUCUCAUUCAUGAGAAGAAUUAUGCAUAUUUGAUUGGAGAUUAGUUUUAUUUGUAGUAAUUUAUUGCAUUGUGUCGUGGGAUUUUAAAUGCUUUGUGUAUAAACAUUAAGAUCAAAACUAUUUUUGGACUUCAAGAGUGAAGGAGCUGUCAUUUUGUUUUAGGACGACAAAUUUUAAUGGUGAUUUCUGUUACAAUUUUUAUUGAUAUUUUAAUGACUUCACGUGUUCUGGAACCAUGUGCAAUUUGCACGAACACUUUAUUCUGUCCAAUUAGCUUUAGGUUCACCUUCAGGGUAUGAUGAACUGUGAUAAUUAACAGUUAACAGAUUUGUGAGACCCUCAGUCAGACACCUCGGAUGUCCAUAUCAACUGAAGGUUUAAAGAACGAAACCAGUUCAGCACUUCACUGUUCCGAGCGUCGUACACAAGUUCGUUGUUGAGAGAUCAUUGCCAUCAUUUUCAAGAGUGCUUUUUAAUCCUGUCUUUAUUUUAAUUUAACAAUUUCCAGUAUUUGUUUCUGUAUUUGGACCAUUCUCAAAAGAUAAAGUUCACUUGAGCAUACAAAGGGAAUUUUCCUAAGAAUAAAAUCUGUAUAAAAAGAAAAGUACGCGAUGGAAGACUUAGUAUACCUGACUAUAUUGAUCAUAAUGUUGUAGUGCCAUUAGUGUUUGUUGAGUGUUUUUGUUGUAAUUGUUCUUAAUUAUCUGUAGAAUUAACAUUUGAUUACUUGGAGUGAUGAUAUGUAAUUAGCCCCAAGCUAUGAAUCAGACCAUCAUCGGUUGUGGUCAUUUUAGAACAAGAAGCCCUGAGUAGUCACUUGAAGUUUGUAAAUGGGAAAUGAUAUGAUAAUUAAUGUAGAUGUCUAUCACGUAAAAUAACGAAAUAUUAAAUCUGGGAUACUGGCAACGACCCGUUCUCCAAGUGCCUGAGCACUGCGGGUCCCAAAUCUUCGUUGGCUUGAUCUAUAGACAUUUUGGUAGGACUCCUUGGAUGAGGGAUCGGCCCGUCGCAAGGCCUCUACCUGUACGCGACAGCACAACAAACAUCCAUGGCUUGAGUGGGAUUCGAACCCACGGUCCCAGCGACCACUGCGGACCCCAAUAUUAAAUCAUAUCAUCCAAGUCAUCAGUCAUCUAUAUAGACCAAUAUAGAAUUAGACUAAUAAUUACAAUUUACAACAUUCCAGUUUUGUACCGUAAGAAGUUUUGUAUGUAUGAAGUAAGGUAUUUAUAGUUUUUUUGUAAAUAAAAUUGAAAUACUUUUUA